AUGAAUGGAAAUGAAAUGCAAGCAUCGGUUGAAGAAAUGGAAGAACAGACGCGUAAUUGGGAUGCAAUUCAAAAGUUUAAUUCUUUUAUGGUUUGGGAACACGAUGAUGUUCCUGAUUCCUUGAAUAACGAAAUUAUAAAAUCCUUUGAUUGGUUAGAUAUAUCCAAAAUACCAACGUUUAACCCGGAUUCAAAUAAACUUAGUAAAGAUCUUGUUCUACUGAACCGUGCUGCUGCCAUCACACACAAACACAAAAGAGGCGAUGUGGUCACACUAUACUCACCCGACAAUCCAGAUAAGAUUGUGACAAAACGCAUAAUAGCGUUGGAAGGUGACACGGUUUUCACGUUGCCCCCAUACCCAGAAAAAUUCUUGCGAAUACCAAGAGGUUAUUGUUGGAUCGAGGGCGACGACACAUUUCACAGCAAGGACAGUAACACAUUUGGACCGGUGCCAUUGGGCUUGAUCAAUUCAAAAGUAACUUGGAUACUAUGGCCAUUUUCACGGUUCGGUAGAGUUCCACGUAUCGAGAAACCAGAACGUAUUUCGGUUUACUUAGGGGACGUUAAUCUUUUAGAUAUUUUUGACGUGCAAGAAUGA